CCCAAACAACAACAACUUCAUCGAGACACCCGUGUAAUGGAGAUGAUCUUCUACUUUGAUAUCAAUGCAGCACCAGGUGCGUAUAAAAUAGCCACGWGCCCCGAUUGCAGCUGACCCAUAGCCUGUGAACUCACUUUUGAUCGCCAAAACGUGUUGGGAUGCCUCUAAAACUUGCUUAUUUAUCAAUCGUCAGUUGGUGGUGAUCUUCUUCAUGUUUGAAAAUGGAAAGAGGAUUCACUUUUUCACGAUGCUGCGAGGGCAAUGUUUUCGUUACUAUUUGUUGAGUUGAUGGUCAUAAUGUUAUCCAACAUUACAAAAUUCAAGAUUUACUACGCACUGCAAAUUCGUUGUUAUAUUAUUCGCCCAGAGACACAGGUUGGUUCCUGGUAUGUAUUGUACMGGUAUCAAUACUAUUCGAUAAGACAGGUCAGGUUUUUAAAUUCAUUGGCGUGCAUUCCUCCAAAGCCGUUUUCAUGUAACAUGACGUUCGAAUACGACGGCACGCUCUGACUAGAGGCGUUCGUCAUUUCAUUUGUUUGCUUAGUAGUCUCAUUAGACCACAAGCAAUGGAUUCUGUUUUCCCCUUACUUGAUACUACUCGUAGAACGAUGUUCGAUGAUCUGAUUCCUUAUUGCACUUCUUUUGUCUCAAGCGAAUAUAUUGCUUUUCAUUCGAGAUACAAUCACCUUUGACCCUUACCCUAACAUCUUCGAGAUGUAUCCUACUAGUCUUUCUUAACUUCGUAUUACUGGGUAGUACUCUGUACUCAUGGCACGAGUACCGUACGUACGAGUAGYGUACGAACUCAUGAUCUCACGGAAGAUUUUUGCAUCGUUUUUUUGACGAACAAAAAGAUACCUACCGUAAGUCCAAUAAAAGCCGGAAUCAAUCACGAACAAGAUCCAGUCCCGAGUGAUGAGAGGAAUGCACCAAAACCAAGUGUUCACAAAAACGUCACGCAGCCCCAUCGUACCCGAUCAUCUCAAAAAUCGCUGCAAGUAUUUUUUACGAGUACGUUCAGUGUUAUCAAUGCCGCAACCGGAUCACACUSUGCAUCAAGUAUCUGCAUCGAAAGCUGCAGAACAAAUUGCAUUUUGAGUUUUUGACUAUACGCAUCUAAAUAAAAUACGCAUCCGAAUAAAACCUCUGUUGCAAAAAUGAGCAACGAGAGCGAUUUCGUAUCCGGUGCCCUUUCGAGCGUUGAGGGAAUCCAGAAUCUCGACGAAGACACAAUCGCCUAUGUUUCAGGCGUAUUGACAGAAGAUCCAUUUGACGAAGAUGCGAGGAGUGCCGUUCGUGAUUUGAUAGUGGAUGCAUUGUCGGAAGAAGCUGUCGAUGGAGUAAGCGUGUGCGAAUCGUUCUUUGCUCUUUUGGAUCUGAACGAUCCAAACAAGAACGACAAGGCAAACGGCAGUGGUGAUAGCAACAGYAGCAACGCCCAAAACAACCCCGGUGGCCUGAGAAAACUCAGCCAGACCAUUACUAUGAAAGAAAAGGACGUCGAAACAUUUGCAAUGGGACUGAAGGUGAAAGAAGACGAUGCUAUCGGAAACUCGUACGGAAGUGCAGGUGGCACCAGCAAGAUUGCCGCCUUUUUUGCCAACAUGAUCGAUCCAGAACAGAACGAACAUGCUAUGUCGGAACGCAAUCGCCGCAAGGCUCGACAGAAAGAAUUGAGAAUUCAAUUGGAGGAAGAAGAAMGRCAGCGUGCAAUCAACGAAGCAAUGAACAUGUUCGAACAAUUGAAGGCCGGCGAAAAUUCUGACGACCAACACGCUAAUGAACAACGUCUAAAUAGCGAUGGCACCGAYGCCACAAUGUCCGAUGAAUCGCAAAUGAGAGAUGUGCGGCUACUCAACUUUGAUCUUCCAAACCUCCGCGGUGGUGGACCCAAUCUACUGUCGGGAGCAARUCUCAUCCUGGCGCGGGGGUACGUCUCAAUGAGGGAAACAGGAGUGUUCUCUAUCUUUAUCCUUGGUUCCCUACAAGAACUAGCGCUAAUGUAUGUUCAUAUAAUUAUGACGUGCAUWYCAACAAUCUCUCACAGAAUUUCUGCUUUUUCCAAUCUCUAGACGGCGCUACGGUCUCAUGGGACGGAAYGGMUGCGGGAAAACAACCUUUUUGACAGCCCUAAGCAAGCGACAAAUAGAUUGCGACGAUACGGACGGUGGAGUUCCUACGAACGUUCGAAUGUUACUCGUCCGCCAAGAGAUUAUAGGAAAUGAAUGGUCAGCCGUAGAUACCGUCUUGAAGAGUGAUGUCCAACGCGAAUCGUGCAAGAAGUAUAUUGCCUGGAUCGAUCAAGAACUCGACAAGCUCGACAAUCCCCCAGCUGCCGAUGAAAGCAAAGACCCCGGGAACGGCGACAAGGAUAACAGUGAUGACGAAACUCAACCUGCUUCAAAGAGCAAAACAAAAGAGUCGGCGAAGGAACGUCGACAGCGCCUAAAAGAUCGCAAGAAACUUACCCUCGAACAACGGAAAGCCCUCAAGGCCAACAAAAAGAACAAGAAAUCUACCGGAAACACRAACGUAUCCACAAUGACAGAAUCCCAAAAGGACGACCGCCGCAAGAAACUCCGUGAGCAAUUGGUACGGGCCCACCAACGCAUGAGCGAGAUCGAGCAGCUCGAAGGAGGGGAUCCUGAACCYCGGGCAAGGAAGGUUCUAUCUGGACUUGGAUUCACGAAAGAAAUGCAAGACAAGCCUACCUCUGCACUGAGUGGUGGGUGGAGAAUGCGAGUAUCGCUAUCCUGCGCUCUUUUUGCAAAUCCCUCCCUGCUGCUCUUGGAUGAACCGACMAACCACCUUGAUCUAGAGGCAGUCCUCUGGCUAGAGCGUUACCUGACCAAAACUUUUACCGGAACACUAGUAGUUGUAUCUCACGAYAGGCAUUUCUUGAACGAGAUUGUGACCGAUGUUGUCCACUUUCACAACAAUACACUAGCAACUUACCGAGGAGAUAUCACAAAUUACGAAUCGGUCAUUGUCGAAAACAAAAUACGCCAGCAACGCCAGCGAGAGCAGCAGGAAGCGAAGCGAGCCCACCUCCAGAAAUAUAUUGACUUACAUGCUCAAGCUGGCGAGAAUGGCGUCAAGGCUAGCAAACAACGGAAAUCUAGGAUGAAGAAACUUGAUAAAAUUGGUGUGAYGGCCCAGGACGGCAAGCGAUGGAAGGCCUCAUACGAYGGUGACGCYCAGGAGGUAGAAGAAGUCGAGGAGGAGGAAGAAGUCGUGUUGAACUUUCCCGAUCCGGGAUCAUUUGAUAAGGACAUGAUCAAGCUGGAGCGGGUCAAGUUCGGAUACGACCAAUCCAACAUUCUCUUGGAGGGUGUAGAUUUAACCGUCGAUCUAAMCUCAAGAAUUGCUCUCCUGGGUAGGAAUGGAUGCGGAAAGAGUACCCUCGUGAAGCUGUGUGUUGGUGGCUUGAAGCCACUGUCGGGAGAAGCAAAGAUCGACCCCAGAUGCAAAAUCGAGUACCUCGCGCAGCACCAGCUCGAGCAACUCGAUCCGGACGGAACACCUCUAUCGACGAUGGUCGAUCGUUAUCCCGGUGAUCGGAGCAACACUCACAUCGGGGAACUUAGGCGGUAUCUAGCAAACUUUGGUCUGGGUGGAACGGUUCUCCCGGUGCAAAAAAUCCACACCAUGUCGGGGGGACAAAAAUGUCGUCUCUGUCUGGCCUGUGCCAUGUACCGGAAACCUCACCUGCUUGUGCUGGACGAACCGUAAGUUGGUCUGGUACCACUYGAUACAAAUACAAGCCAUUGCAAACU